UAAAGUAUUUUCUUCAGUGUCCAUAUUUUAGAACAAUAGACAGUAAAAUACAUUGUAUACACAGUCUAUACAUAACUUAAGUUUGUGACGUUUGUAUGCUGGUUUACCGUCUUACUACUUGGUUAACUUCGAUCAUUUUGCUUGAAGUAGUUUUUCUAUUCAUCGAUUUCUAGGCGUAGAGAGCAGAACUAAACCUCUAAUUUUUUACACAGUAUAAUUUAGAACACGUGAUACCGAAUCCCAUAAGCUUGCAAUGUCUAUCCUAUACCUUGUCUAUGGUCUUACGAAUAUUACAUAUGUACUGUUAGUGUAAUUAAAUCAAUUACAUUAUAAUAAACGUCCAUUUACUACGUUAAUUUUUAACUGAUGGUACUGUUAAAAUUUUUUGUUAUAAAAACAUUACUAAUAUCAACACUUUAUUUCCGGGAUAAAAUAAACACAGUACUUACCCUUACCGGUAGUUAGUUAAUAAUGAAGAUUAUUUAUUUAGUGUAUACCAACAUUGACUAAGCGAAAAAGGUUGUGAACGAAAUGGGUAUAUAGUUACCUAUCUUUAUAAUAAGUGGUUCUCGGUAACCGCCACGUCUGUUAUGUGCCGCCUUAUCCCGUAGACCGGUUUGUCGGGAAGGUUGACCGAUAAUAUAAAAUAAGUUGAAGAGAACUAUUAAAAUAGAAAAUAUGACCCGGUGUAGUUUAAUUACGUUAAUAUGGAGUAUCGGGUUGUUUUUCGGUUUCCAUCUUCAACCUCUCAUUGCUGCCGAUGUCAUUGACUCUGAUCUAAAUCUUAAAAACGUGGAGAAACACAUCAACUUACAAUCUCAAUUAACAGAAAUUACAACUAGACUUGUGCUAGAAAAUGGAAGUAAAGAUCGACACAUACGAAAUUUCCUAUUUUCAUUGGAAUCUGAACAGAAAGGUAAUCUAAGCUAUAUAGGUGCAUAUAGAGAACCUGUACGGGUUGAGUUGAAGCUGACAGAAGUGAAGGUAAACACACAUCCAGAUAAAACUUUUUACAAAAUUGAAUUGAAAGAUCCACUUUCUCCUGGGAGAACUAUGUCUGUUGAAAUUGAAAUGAUAUUGAGCCAUGAACUGGUACCUCAUCCUAAAGAGAUUACGCAAAAGGAAAAGCAAUUGGUAAAGUACAUGGGAAAUAUUUAUCUUUAUUCUCCAUACAAUAUAAUGAAACAAACAACAACAGUAUCUUUACCAUCACGCAAUAUUGAAAGCUAUACCAAACUUAAACCAGUUUCACAGAGUGAUUCAAUGAUUACAUAUGGUCCAUAUGAAAAACUUCCUCCCUUCUCGCAUGAAGAAUUAAAUAUACAUUUUGAAAAUAAUAAUAAAUUCCUCACUGUUAUCAAGCUUGAGAGGAGCAUUGAAAUAUCUCACUGGGGAAACAUUGCAGUAGAGGAACACAUUGAUUUAUUGCAUACUGGAGCCUUAUUGAAAGGCUCAUUUUCUCGUUAUGAGUAUGCUAGAGAAUCUAAGUUAGGGCAGGCUAGUAUUCAAAGCUUUGAUACUAUUUUACCUGCAGCUGCUUCUGAUAUUUACUAUAGGGAUGAGAUUGGUAAUAUAUCAACAUCGCAUACUCGUAUUAAGAAAGAUUCUGUAGAAUUGAAUCUCCGCCCAAGAUUCCCACUCUUUGGUGGUUGGAAAACCCGAUAUAUAGUUGGUUACAAUGUACCUAGUUAUGAGUAUUUGUUUCAUACUGGAGAUCAGUACACAUUAGAAAUGAGACUCUUGGAUCACGUAUUCGAUGAAAUGGUAGUAGAUGAAUUAAUUGUGAAAAUUAUAUUACCAGAAGGUUCGAAAAAUAUUGACUUGAGCCUUCCAUAUCCAGCAACACGUUUGCCAGAUUCUCUUCAUUAUACAUAUUUGGAUACUUCUGGACGUCCAGUAAUUUCUAUUACCAAGAAAAAUUUAGUUGAAGAUCAUAUUCAAAAUUUUAAACUAAAAUACACAUUUCCUCGUAUAUUGAUGUUACAAGAACCAUUGCUGGUAGCAGCAGCAUUAUACCUACUCUUUUUGUUAGUAAUCACUUAUGUAAGGCUUGAUUUUUCAAUAGAUAAAGAUGAGAUUUCAGAGAGUAAGUUAAGAAUAGCAGGACAAUGCGAAAAAAUUUUAGCUGUCCAAGAUCGGCGUGUAACUUCUUACAAUGAAUUAGAUGAUCAAUUGGCAUAUCUUAAAACAAAUAAGGAUGCCAAUGCAUUCUUAUCCAUUGUUAAAGGCAUUAAUCAAGAAUACAAAAAUGCAACAAGCAUUAUUGCAGAAAUUGCUCAACGAUUGAAAGGAGAAUCUGGAGAUGUAUAUGAUCGGGUUCAAGAAUUACAAAAACACGAUAGAACAUUAAAAGAACUUUACAAUCAACAACAAGCACUCUAUGUAGACAAAUUAGUACCAGGAAAAAUAGGACGUCAGCAGUUUGUAGAAGCAGAGGCAGCUAUUGCAAAGAAGAAAGAAGAAUGCAUUGAAAAAAUUAAUUCCAUUGUAAAAUCUUUACAGUAAUAAACUUGGUGGAAUUUCAAAACUGCAGACUUGAUGAAAAUAAUUUAAAAUAUUAGAUGAAAUCGAUUUUAUAAUAAGUUAAAAUAAAGUAACCCUUUCUGUAUAAGUUAAGAUUUGUAAUAAAGACAUGUAAAUUA